AUGGGCCGCCUGUUCACAGAGUAUCUUGAGGGCAGGAUCUACUGCUGCGGCGCCUGCAGGCAGCACAUCGCAAAGCAGACGGUGCUGGUGUCCAGGCAGUUCCAUUCAAAGCUCGGCCGCGCCUACCUUUUUGACGACGUGGUCAACGUGGUGGCUGGCCCCCUGGAGGAGCGGUUGAUGACUACGGGCAUGCACAUCGUCAGGUCAGAGGAGGCGCACGAGGCCAGCCAGAAGUACAAGGAGAGGAAGUUCAUACUGGAGCGGGUCCAGGUGGUCACCCUGUCAACCGCCAGCGCGGGCCCCGGGUCACCGGCAUACAGGGCCCUGCCCACCGCCGACGAGAGCAGCGACGAGGACUGCGGGGUGUAG